UUUACUUGAUGCUACUCAGUAUCAAUUCCUCGUUUUUUCAUUAGCACAGCGCCAGUUAUAUUUUGUACUGUCUAGAACAUAUCAGCAGUAUGGCUUCAAAUUUUGAUAAACAAAUUGAAAUGCUCAGAAAAUGUACCUUAAUUUCUGAAGCUGAGGUUAAAAAUUUGUGUGCGAAGGCACGGGAAAUUUUGAUCGAGGAGAGUAAUGUGCAAAGGGUAGAUGUACCCGUUACAGUUUGCGGCGAUAUUCAUGGCCAGUUUUUUGAUCUUUGCGAAUUGUUCGCAAUUGGCGGGAACUGUCCAGAAACCAACUAUUUGUUUUUGGGUGAUUUUGUCGACCGCGGUUUUUAUAGCGUGGAAAGUUUCUUGCUAUUACUCGCCCUCAAAGUCAGAUAUCCAGAUCGUAUAACUCUCAUACGAGGAAAUCACGAAUCACGGCAAAUUACGCAAAUUUAUGGAUUUUACGAUGAGUGCAUGAGGAAAUUCGGUAGUCCGAACGUUUGGCGUUAUUGUACCGAAACCUUUGAUUAUCUGUCGCUUUCGGCGACUAUUGAGGGCCGUAUUUUUUGCGUGCAUGGUGGACUGUCACCUGCUAUCAAUACUCUAGAUCAGAUUUUGGCUAUUGAUAGGAAACAAGAAGUACCGCACGAGGGACCUAUGUGCGAUUUGCUCUGGUCAGAUCCUGACGAAGCGGAUGGCUGGAACUUGUCUAACCGAGGAGCUGGCUAUUUAUUUGGUGGAGAUGUUGUGCAAAAAUGGAACCAUACGAAUAAUAUUGAGCUUAUUACUAGGGCUCACCAAUUGGUGAUGGAAGGAUAUAAAUAUAUGUUCGAGGAGGCAUUGGUGACCGUAUGGUCAGCACCAAACUAUUGCUAUCGAUGCGGUAACAUUGCGGCUAUCCUAGAACUAGGAGAGGGUUUGAGUCGAAGUUUCAAAAUUUUUGAUGCCGCACCAACAGAAGCAAGAGGUGCCAAAACCAAAAAAUUUGUACCAGAUUAUUUUUUGUAAAUAAUACAUAGUCUAUCUCAAAACCGAUGAGCGCCUUCAUGCUUGCUCAUUCUGAUUUGGAGCUUGAUUAAUAACGUGCGGCCGAAAAUCUAUUGCAAGUAAAUAUUGAAUAUCCACGCUUGUCUAUUUUAAUCAGUCCUUCAAAAAAAAAAACAUGCUGAAUAAGCAGAGCCGUCUAUUCGUUUGGGUAAAACGCUAACAGCCUCUUCCUGGCAGCACUUUUUUUAGUUUUUUGUUCACAUAUUAUUUUCGUUUACUUUACAAUAUUACAUAAUUAUUUGCGCUUUGGCGUGCAUAUUCCCUCGUUUAGGCUUUGUGUUUUGAGUAACCCAGAUUCUCGCUGUCUGACGUUUACACUCAUUCUAUGAAUUCAAAAAGAUGCACCCAAUAUCUCAAUUGAAAUCGUGCGAAAAGGGUGCAGUACUUCAAGAAAUUAGAAUAUUCAGCGCAAAGCCAAUCAAAACACAAGAAUGCUACGCGCUUUUAGUUCGCAUCUUGUACAUGUGUAUGCAUGGAGAGCCAAUGACCAAGAAAGAGGCGACGAACGUGUUUUUUGGAGUGACGAAGCUGUUUCAGUGUAAGGACGUUUCUCUGCGCCGGUUGGUUUAUAUCGUUCUUAAAGCUCUGGCUGACUAUUCCGAGGACGUGAUCAUUGCGAUUGCUGCUCUCAGCAAAGAUCUGGUAACUGAGAGCAAUGUGCUUCGAGCGAAUGCCUUGAGAACUAUUGCUCGAGUUGUGGAUUCGAGCUUGCUGACGCAGAUUGAGCGCUUCGUUAAACAGGCUAUUUUAGACAAGGACUAUUAUCUGUCAAGUUCUGCAUUGGUGUCGGCAAUACAUUUGGCAAGACUUAGUCCGGAGGUUGUAAACAAAUGGACUUGGGAGAUUCAAGAGGCCAUGUCUUUCUCGUCUUGCAUGGUACAGUACCACGCGUUGAUAUUGCUUUGUUGGUUAAGGAGGCAUGAUCGUGUUGCGAGCAUGAAAAUGGUACAAACGUUUCCAUCCCACCGGAUCUACCCGUUUCUUGGCUACUGCUACAUGCUUCGUCUAUGCGGCCAGUUAUUGACAGAGCAAAUUAAUAGACAGGAGGUGAAGAACGUCAGCGAUUCUUCGCUAUUUGGAUAUAUGGAUAUGGCUCUGCGAUACGGAAGUGAUGUAGUUAUGCUCGAAGGUGCGAAAAGAAUAUCUGCGUUGCCAAAACUUCAAUUUAAAGAGGUCCGCCUGGCACUGGCAACGUUGGUCGGUUUUUUAACGAAUUCAAAGAUAACGGUCAGAUUUGCUGCCGUGCGUGCCAUUCACCAGUUGGCACAGCAAGAUCCCAGGUUUAUUGACACCACUUGUUGCUUUGAGCUUCGUGGCUUGAUUAAUGAUACAAAUCCAAGCACCGGCCUUUUAGCGAUCUUGAUUUUACUCCAAUGCGAGAAGGAGGAGGAAAUCCCCAAAGUACUUCGGGAUGUUCGAUACUUUAUGUCGACCAAGAAUUCAAUUCGCACAAGGAUGGAAAUUAUUGAGGGCAUUAGACAGUUGUCGGUGAGGUGUCCAUCUCAAUACGCUUCCAUACUCUUCUUCCUAUUCAAGUCACUGUACAGCUUGGCCGAUUUUGAUUGUAAACGAAGGAUUGUGGACAUUUUUAUAGAGAUGAUCAACCGGAAUCCAGAAAUAUCUAACAGUGCGCUCGCGUAUCUGUGCGAGUAUAUUGAAGAUUGCGAAUACAGAUAUUUGCUGGUGAAAAUUCUGAACUUGUUGGGAGCCAAGGGGCCUAAACUGGCGAAGGAAAAGUUCGAAAUGUUUAUAAGAUACAUAUACAACCAGAUGAUUCUCGACAGGCCGGCUGAGAAAGUGAGCGCACUAUCUGCCCUAGUGAAGUUCGAAACCGUAGAUUCGAGCAAGAUCAAGUCAAUAUUGAGUAGAACGAUACAAGACGCAGAUGAUGCCUACAUCAGUUAUCGAAUUUUUUUCAUUCUAAGUGUUUUAUCGAUCAAGGAGCAAAAUCAGAAACAGCUGAACCAUCUUCUUACCUCUACUUCUUCCGACAUAUACGCAGCCAUUCAACCCGCAUUUCCAACGGAUCAAUACAGCGCACUUCAGCAUAUAGCAACUUCCGCCGAAGAAUACUUGCAAGAUAAGACACGAUUGAGUAGCGGACCUUUUGAGUUGCCAGAUGUCGCUCUGGCUAAAGCUUCUGCGCUCAACGCGGGUGAGGAAGACGUUUUCCGUACUUGUUCGCGUCAAACGAUAACGAAAGAAACGGUGCCAGUCGGACACACUUUACUUUUUUCUAAGCCAAUUGAUCAGCUUGUCGUAUUGUUUCCUUCCCAUUCUCUCGACCCCUUUAAAACAUCCCGGCCAAUUCAUCUCACGGAACCUGAUGUUGAAUAUCAAGUCGUAUGUUUUAAGCACAUUUUCAAUUAUGGAAAAACGAUCAUUUUGCAGUUUAAUAUUCUCAGUACGAUGGCAGAUUCGGCAUCAAGCAAUCUCUCUAUUUCUCUCCAGUUCUCUGUGUCCAAGGCUCCGACCCCUUAUCAAAUUUCAGCGUCCAUUCCCUAUGACUCAAUAUUAAAAGCUUCGACUCAUCAAUGUGUUCAUAUUGCAGAUACGUACAUCUUGCUGACUGCCAGCUCGUCGGUAGAUCCCCCCGCGCAGCUCUUCGAAGAAUGCUUCUGCAACACUACUCUGCAUCUCCAGUCUACGACCAUCGAUCCGCAUACGUCUGAAAUGUUGGAAGACACCUCUUUUCAUGAUGAAUACGCCUUAGACGAACUCACCUUUAGCUUCUUAGACUACUUGAAGCCCUCUCAUCCCCCGUCAUCCCACGACCAAAUCUGGUGCUUCAUGGAAUCCGACAAGUCUACCAACACUGAAUCCAUGGUGACCUUCAUUAUCAAUCACCUUCAUACGCUUCAAGAGGCAGUCGAUUAUUUGAUUCAAAUGUUGGAUUUACAACCUUGUGAUGACACUCAUCUUGUCGAACCGAAGUCCAACAGACACGUUCUAAAACUGUUUGGCCUUUUCGUUGACGACAGCACUCAAAUAAUUGUACGCGCGGGAAUGCGGUCAAAUUCUUCUCAACAAGAAAAAACACUGCAAGGCGUCUCUGUUCAACUACGCGUUCUGGCUAACAACGCAGAACUACCCCGUGCCUUGACUUCGACCAUCUUAAAGUGGUGAUGUGGCGUCUUUAGACACCUUUGAAAAUUUUUAUUUUCACCAUAAACUCGUCUCCCCCAAAGCUUCGCGCGUAUGGCGGUCAGAGGUCACAUCAAUUAGCCAUAGCCUUGUUUUGAUGCACGCAAAAGUUCUCAAUUGAACGUUUUAUCGAGCACUGAUGAAUCAAACCACCCAUUCAAAUGCAUGAAUACACACAUCAUAAAGAUAAAGAUCAAGAAAAAACUCAUGCUCCAAAAUGAGCGGUGUUUAAACC